AUGGAGCACGCCGCCGGAGGCAGAAGGCGGGGAAGGCGAGGACAGGCAGAUGAGGACCGACGCGCAGAGAGAACACAGGUUUUUCAGAAAACGAAGAUGUGCAAGUUCCAUCUGAUGGGCAGCUGUCAGAGAGGGGGGCAAUGCCGAUUUGCACACGACCAAAGUGAGCUGCAGGGCUUGCCAGACCUUGCUCGUACCAAAAUUUGCAAGCAGAUGAUUCAAACGGGACGCUGUGAGGACCCCACGUGCACCUAUGCACACAGCAGGGAAGAGUUGAGGAUUGUGCCGGGCUUCUCCGCAGCCGAUCAGCGAGAAAGGGCGAUCCAGCUUGAGCAGCUCGAGCUCCUUGAGAUGGAGAUUGAGAGGAACCGAUCGCAAGCUGGACGGUCACACCCACCAGCGCGGUCACACGCAGAUGAGCCCAAGGUGAAUGGGCAGAAUCAGAAGCCGGCUCAGAGCCAGCCGCUCUAUCAGUCCAACUUGAUGGCCAUCGGCGGAACUCCCAUCUUCUUUGUCCCAUCAAUUGUCUCCGCAAGCGAUUACCCCACCAUGUGCAUACCGGGCUCUCCAACAGCAACAGCGGCAUCCCUCCCGCCGGAAAAGCCAUCCUUGGCCGCAAUGAAGGAAGCACCGGUUACACAACAAGUUGCAGCGCAAGCGAUGCAGCAGAUGAACUCAGCGGCCCAGGCCCAUGUGGCUGAGGCGAUACGAUUGCAGGCGCAGGCCAAGGCUGUGGCACAAUACAUCCACCACCACUCUGGAGGACCUGCGAAUGGUUACAGCAAUCUCAGCGACUUCGCCUCCUCACCAAUGUCACCGAUUUCAUCCGAAGAGCCAACAAGCAAAGCUGUUGGUUCCCAGCGGGAAGUUGGGUCUGUUGGUGCACUUCCAAGAGGGCUUGGCCACUCCGCACCGCUGCCGGAGGAAGCUGAGGAUGAGCCUUUCAUCCCGAGCGAGCCGGCGCAGAUCAAGCUCGGGACUCUCCGCUCACUCAGCUCCAACUCCCUGCCGGUGCAGGUUGACGACGAUGAUGACAUAGAUAGAGGUAUGCCAGGCAUGUCAGCUUCCAUGGCGCAGGCGCUCAAGGUGAAGAACACAUUCUAUGACUUUGAGACCGAUUGCACCCCUCUCGGUAACAGGCUGCGUCCAAUUUGCUCUGCUGCUGGUCGCUUGGAUGCCUUGGCGACAGAGGAGGAGGAGACAGCUCUGGGCAGCGGCGGCUUGGCUCCUGGAAGUUUAGCUCCUGGCAGCUUAGCUCCUGGGCUGACUCCUGCUGGCUUGGCCCCGGGUAGCUUGGCUCCGGGCUCUGCUUUGCCCUCCGGCGCUGCUUCGGGCGGGGAUCAGCGCUGGAAUGCCUUGGGGUCAGACAGAGCACCUGCAAACAGCUUGCCCGCAACAGACCCUUUGCUCCGAAGAGCGAACGAGCUGGCUUCAGAUACCUUCGGCACCGGCGUCUACGUGAAGAACACGUUCAUUGACCUCGCCUGUGAGGAGGAGCCAGUUGCAGCUCUGCGCGCAGUGCAUACAGCGGCUGGUCGGCUGGACAUGAUGUGGCGUGAUGAUGAGGAGCGCGCAGACUGA